UUGCUGUUGGCUCGGCAAGCUUUAGCGUUGGUUGCUCAUAGGCAAAUAGCCUAGAAAGAGAGCUUAUUAUUACUCACGACGGCAACUAAUAAAGCUAGCUUGACUUUAUAAUUUAUGCUGAUGCCGCAAUACCCACCGUGUCUGUCCCCUUUACGAAGUCGCGUCAUAACGCCUUGUUAGCCCUUCCCGAUGCGUUGCUAUACGCUUUACUUUCUAAGCCUUCUCAGCUCCGCCGCACUACAUUUUUCUCCUCUCCGCUCCGGGACACCUUCUUACCGUUCCGCUGCCCUAUGCACUUCUCUAGUCCAAUGAGGAUGACCAUGAAAUGCCACGAAAGUUAUUGAUUUAAAACCCGUCUAUGUAACCGUAGCUCUAUAUUUUAUCAGCCUAAUCUGCGCAGGAGGUGUCGAUAGUGCUGGCGUCAGGUUUGGUUAAAACUACGCCCAGCGGCACACACCGCUCUCAAGCACACAACGCAUCGGGUGGAAAAGCACCACGUCUGCGACAGCUCUCGCGUCAGGAAUGAUGGGCUUGUUUUGCUGGAUCUUGGUGCUCGCUGCAGCAGCAACUGCUCUCGCCAUGACUCCACUUACCGAGUUCCUCAACGAACAAGUUGACUACGUGCUCCAGAGCGGCGAACUGUGCAAGUUCUCGGAGAAAGACGGCGGCUGCGACGAGCUCAGCGCCUCCAUCAAUAUGUGGAGUGACGCUGCGUGGUGCUGUUGUCCCCAAUUAAUCGACGGCUACGUCACCAAUCUGGACCAUGGCAUCCAGCGUACGGGCGACUGCGCCUUCGAUCCGCGCAACACGAGCGUGGCCGUGUGCGAAUUGAGCUUCGCCAACCUCGAGCUGCGCUACCGCUGGCUCUUGCUGAGGAGAAAUCCCACACUGGAGGGGGGCGAGUAUUUGGUGCAGCCAGGCGAACUCAUCGAAGCGGGAAACUUGACAGCCACGCUGACUGAAGGAUUGGGACUGCUGUUGCUGGAGGAGGAUGUCGAGGACGGCAUGCACUAUCACGCUACAUCCUUCGAGACGAGCACAGUCGAGAUUGGCAAGUUGGUAUUCGACAACUCGACCGUUAGCUGCAAUGGAGAAGUGUUCGACACGAACGAGGAGGCGUUUCAGGCCGAACUUCGAAAAGCGCUGGCUGAACGGAUCGUUGAAUAUGUCAGCGGUGCGGGGUUCCUCGACGCCUUCAACGAAGCGCUCGAGGUGGUGCAGUAGUUAACGCGGGAAGAUGUUCGCCGAUUUAAUGGAGGCGUUGUAUUCUUGUGCGUUGAAUUUUAUGCGCUUUCAUGUCGUUGGUUGCAACGCCCUCCAGCUGGGACGAAUAAAUUCAGUGGCUCGCGCUUUGUCUUCAGUGUCGUACAUGUCUUCUACAGCGCUUCAAAUAAAGUAGCACUCAAUAUGAACGGCGCUCGUACGAAAAGCGGAUAAGCCCCUUCGACUACGUCAGCACGACAAUACUGACGCACGAAAAGCUUGAGCCCUAAACACCAUUCCUAUUACUGGUAUUUAAUAUUUAUUAAGGCAAGUUUUCCUAUGUUGGCGAGCGCCCCCGU